GUGUCAUCCUGCACACAUCAUUAAAAACUAUUAUUGUUAACAGGAUUUUUGAACCUGCGCAGGUGAUAAACUUUUUUCUAGUUUGUCUUGUUGACGGUAUAAACGGUGGACACUCCUGUCGGUUUGUCUCGGUUUCCAGCCAUGUUCUCCACGGUGAUCUCCAACAGCUGUGCACUCUAUGGGGACUAUGACAACUAUGGACCUCCCCCAUACCCCAGGAAGAACAUCAGACCCAGAGCUCCACUUCGACACAACCCAUAUAACCCAUACAGGCCAUACCUGAGGAGGGUGGACACAAGAGUAUCUUUAGCCAAUCCCAAUAAAAUCUCCAGGACCACCAGUAGGGGGCAGUAUGUCACCAUGCCUGUUCACCAUCCAAAGCUGCAUCCACUGCCGGUCAGUCAGAGGAUUAUCCAAUCACAGCACAAAGCAAGACAGACCAGGAGUGCUGAGAGGUUCUCCAGUUAUGAUACAAGCUCCUGGAUUGAGAAAGGCUCUAGUAAACCUAAUAGAGGGAAGAAAACACAGAAGGCCACAUCUUCUUCCAAGAGUACAGGAGACAUAAGACACAAGAGUUCCAGUUCUAAUGGUCGCCAGCACCAUCGCUACUUCACCAAGGAUGGCAUGUGCCGUGGCUCAUCAUACAGUUCCAAGAACAAGAUGUGUGACCUGAUCGGCACCCUGGUGGAUCUGAAGUACAGCUGGAUCCUAUUUGUCUUCACCCUGUGCUACAUCGUCACCUGGGCAGCCUUCGCAGAGCUCUACUUCCUGGGUGCCUGGCUGCGUGGUGAUAUGGAACACAUACAAGACCCGCAAUGGCAGCCAUGCUUUGAGAAACUGGACAGUUUCCAUUCGGCCCGCUCUAUCUCCAUGGACAGCCAAGUCAUCAACGGCUACGGCUCUAGAGUGGCCUCAGCCAACUGCAUGGACGGGCUGGUUCUCAUGAUGGCACAGUCCAUCAUUGAAUCAGUGUUAGACACCCUGAUGCUGGGCUGCAUCCUGGCCAAGCUAGCCAGGCCUAAGAGGAGGCUGCCCACUCUGUUGUUCAGUCAGCACUGUGUGGUCUCUGAGAGGGAUGAGAGGCUGUGCCUGAUGUUCAAUGUCAAGACUCUGAAAGAAACACACAUGCUAGUGGCAGAGAUAAGAGCCAAGCUGAUCAAAUCUCACCAUACCAAAGAGGGAGAGUUCAUCUUGUUGGAGCAGAGAGAGCUGACUCUGGGGAUGGGGCCAGAUGGAGCCAGGCUGUUCACAGUGGAGCCCCAGACCGUGGAGCAUGUCAUUGAUGAACAAAGUCCUCUCUGGGGCAUCAGCGCUGACUCUUUAGAGUGGGAUACCUUUGAAAUUGUGGUCAUGGUGGACGGAGCCGUUCAAGACGCAGGCACAGCCUUCCAUGUGAGGACCUCUUACACAGAAGAUGAGAUUUUUUGGGGACAGCGCUUUAAGUCACACAAGCCACUAGAAAAGAGGGGGAUUGGUUCCAAUCACAAGACCUCUGAUAAGAACUAUAAGGUCCAGACUGCCACACACAGUGACAGAGAGAUGGCAGUGAGACAAAGACAUGAGAGAUCUCCUGGACAUGACACAGACUCUGUCCCCUCCAACAUGCCUACAAGGAAAGUGCAUUACCAGUAUUUAUCUGAUCAAAUGUUACUGUGCAACUCAGUCACAAAUAACAUUGGCACAGGAACUAGGAAACUUAGUAAGAAUGAGUUCUUUAUAUAAAUAUUGACAUUUGACAUGUUGGCAUAGAAGUGUUAAUCAAAGUUUAUGAAAUCAAGCCACACUGUACAUAUCCAUCAGAAUGUUUAUACAAUGUAAAUAAACACAUGCUGAUGACCAAUAUCUAAAGCUGCCAUUUAUACAUCGAAUUGAUCAAACUUUCUGAAUACUAAUUUGUAAA